AUGGCACUCCCAAGGUUUUGGAGGUUACACCUAUCUCCACCGAAGUUGUCAGAUAAACUGAAGGAUGCUGAUGAGCCGCUUGCUGAGCCGCCAGCUCAGCCUCUCGACGUGCUCUGCCCUGGUCCACCAAAUCCUGUGCACCAUCACACGCCGGGUCAUGUCCUCGAGGCUGGUUACAGUGCCUGUCACUGCUUGAAACGGCCGGCGCCCCUCCCCUCCCCAGCCCCAGCCGCGCCGCCCGAAGCCACCGCCCGCCUCUCCGACUCCUCCCGCACGCCCGUUCCCCCCCGCGACUUGACGCCGUCGCCCAUCGCCCCUGACGCCGCCUGGAGCACCACACCGCCGGAGCCCCGCGCCGCCACGACUGCGUCGUCGCCCCUCGUCACCGCCACCUCGUCGCGCGUCCCCGUCCUCCUCCUCGACAUCCGCUGCCAUAGUCCCUACGUCCGCGCGGUGAGGGUCACGCCCUCCCCUCUCUCCCUGUCCCCGCUCUCCCGUCGACCGCGUCAUCCGCGCCCCGCUGUGGCCUCGCCUCCUAUCGCUCUCGCCCGCGCACGCGUGUCCGCACCUCCGGCCCGUGCUCACCCUACCCUCGCGCGCUCGUCAGCUCGCACCACCCGCACCUCGCCCCGUCUAACUGUGCUGCCGCUCGCGGCCGUGCUCGCCCGCACCCACUGCCGCUGCUCUGCUCGCCGCCUCCCGCGCCUCGCCGCGCCCCACGCCGUCCCGUCGCCACGUCCGCCUCUACGUGGCCGCGCCCCGCCACGGCCCCCAUCUCCGCUCCUGUGCCAAGCCCCGCCCGACUCGCCCCGCUCAUCUGCCGCGCUGCUGGCUCGCGCCCAGCGCCGCUGCCGGCCGCGCCUCCGCCCCGCACGCGCCGGCGGCCCCUGCCACUGCGCCCGCCUCCGCCCGCAACUCCCACCGCCUCCGCCGCGGCCCCUUGCUGGUCGCCGCCCGGGCUCGGCCUCCGCUCGGGAGCCAGCACACCCCAGCGCCCCGCAGCGCCCAAAUCGGGUGCUUCCCGCGGGCCAGUGCCCGUACGGGCUGUGCCCGAUAGCCCAGCCCCUGAGAACGUAA